UUUCCCAGUGCCUAUUGUUUGCCUUAACCACAGACAGCUUUAGAUAGUUUGCUUCUUAGUUCUUUUAGGGGAAACUGCUGCUAAGGGCAGUGCAACCAGGUAUCUAGUAUUUCCUUAAACUUCUUAGUAAAAGAAAUAGCUUCUUGAAGAUAUUUAACAAUGUUAAAAUGCUGCCUUCUUUUGUUCAUUUUUGGACUAACGCUUCUUGGAAAGUGUGUGCUUACAGCAGGUGCACUUUCCCGUCAGAUGUCAAGCGUUUCUGCAUUUGAAAUCAUCAUCCCUCAGCAUUUGAUGGGUAGGGAGAAACGUAAUACACAUUUCCCUGAGGAACAUUCAGAUGACAAUCUUUCUUAUUCAGUUCAAACUGAAAAUGGAACAUACAUCCUAGAACUAAAGAAAAAUAAAAAGCUUGUUAGCGAAGACUUUGUGUUAAAUACGUAUAGCAAAAACGGGCAGUUGGAGGCUACCCACUCAAAAAUCAAGACACACUGUUAUUAUCGUGGUGUUGUUGAAGGAGUUGCUGAGUCUAUGCUAGCCCUUAGCACAUGUGAUGGCCUUAGGGGAAUCCUCUAUGUUGGUGACAAAUGGUAUGGAAUAGAGCCACUUGAUGGAUCAGCUACAUUUGAACAUAUGUUUUAUCAGUUAGAACAUGCUCAGCAAACCUCUUUCCUGUGUGGUGUGCCCAAUGACAACCUGCACCAUGAAAUACAUGUGAAGAAUUUUCUCCUGCAUUCAGAAAUUUCACAUGCAAAUUUUAGUAGUGAAAAGCUUCUUAGGAAAAAGCGAUCUGCAUUGCCACAGAAAAACUAUGUGGAACUCUUUGUCGUUGUGGAUAACAACAGAUACUUGCAGAAGUUGUCCAGUGCUACAGCUGUGCAAAAGGAAGUAGUUGAGCUGAUUAAUUAUAUUGACGGGAUGUACAGUGCACUAAACAUCCAAAUUGUCUUGGUUGGGAUAGAAAUCUGGUCAGACAAAAAUCGCAUAGCAGUAAUGGAGGGUUCAGCUGGAGAUGUGCUGCAAAGAUUUGUUUCUUGGAGAGAGAAAGAUCUCCUUAAACGAUCGAGAAAUGAUGCUAGCCAUCUCAUAAUAGGGAGAGAUUCCUUUGGUGGAGCUGUUGGAAUGGCUUUUGUAGGUGCAAUCUGUUCUCAGGUCCAUGGAGGCUCAAUCAGCACUUUGAAUCAUGACAAAGUGUUAGGUCAUGCGACGGUAGUUGCUCAUGAACUUGGGCAUAACCUGGGUAUGAAGCAUGAUGAUGGAAGAUGCCCCCAAUCGUUCAUUAUGUUCAGUACAGCUAAUGGAUCCCAAAAUUUCAGCACCUGUAGUGCCAAGGAUUUUGAGAAUCUGAUUCUGAAUGGUGGAGGAAACUGCCUUAAAAAUCCUCCAAAACCAAAUGACAUAUACACAGAACCUAACUGCGGCAAUGAAAUAUUGGAUAAGAAUGAAGAAUGUGAUUGUGGCAAACCAGAGGAGUGUACUAAUCCUUGCUGUGAAGCUGCAACCUGCACACUUAAGUCUGGAUCACAGUGUGCUGAUGGGCUGUGCUGUGAAAAUUGCAGGUUUAAGGUAGCAGGAGUAGAAUGCAGACCAAAAAUGGAUUUCUGUGAUCUUCCUGAACACUGCAAUGGAACAUACCCAUAUUGUCCAGAUGAUGUCUAUACCAUGAAUGGAUACCCAUGUAACAACAUGAAAGAAUACUGCUAUUAUGGGGUUUGCCAGGAUUUUGAUUCACAGUGUAAAUCUUUAUAUGGAAAAGGGGCAAGAAAAGCACCUGAUGAUUGUUUUAAAAUAGCCAAUAUUAAGGGAGACCGAUUUGGAAACUGUGGAAUGUCAGGAGGACGGUAUAGAAAAUGCCCAGAUGAACACAGUUUGUGUGGCAAACUUCACUGUACAUCUGACAGUUUACAAAAUCUUCCUGCUUGGACUCUUUUCAACAACUUGACUGGUGUGGUAUGUCUGACUACUGACUUUGAUCUAGGGUCAGAUUUCCCUGAUCCAGCUCAAGUUCAUGCAGGAACUGCAUGUGGAGAAGGGAAGGCCUGCAUAAACUUUGAAUGUGUUAAUGCAAGCCAGCUGGGUUACAGCUGUGAUGUAAAGCAGAAGUGCAAUGAUCGUGGUGUGUGCAACAACCAUGGCAACUGUCACUGCAACUAUGGAUGGGCUCCCCCUUUCUGUGACAGAUCAGGUUAUGGUGGCAGUAUUGACAGUGGUCCAACUCAUAUAGAUACAUCACUUCGAGAUGGCCUGCUUGUGUUUUUCCUAUUUGUAGUUCCAGUUUUGAUUGGUAUUGUCAUAGCAUUCAUCAAGCGAGAUGCAAUUAAAAGGAAGUUUUGCAGGAAAAGCAGAAGACAACCCAGGGCUAACAAUACACAGCAAGCAAGACAAAGUAAUGGACCAAACCAGAAUGCCACAAGAAAUGAUUGGCCUGCAACAUCAAAUUCUGGGAUGUUCACAAUAUCACAUUUUCCUAAUCCAAGGCAGCAAAUACCAAGUCAGUUCCCUGCAGUACCUCCAAGACCUCCAAGACCACCAGUCCCACCUAGACCAGUUGUCUGAAAAGCCUUCUGUGUGGUCCUCACAAAUUCAUCCAGGUGUCUUGAACAACAUGAAAAAAUGUGUCAAAGGGAAAUUAAUGAAAUCUUGCUAUUUUUCUUAUCCCUGUUUCCUAUAUGAAGGUCUCAAUCCUGCAAUCCUUACAGUUAAAUCUCGCAUUGAAACACUAUCCUGUUUCAUUAGAAAAGGACUGGUUCUGGGAUGCAGGGCAUGUAACAUGCAACUACUAUUCACUGUAAUGAAGGAGUUGUGUGCACUCAGGUCCUUCCAGGUAUUUUUUAUCAGAAGACACAAGGGCCAGCACUUCUUAGGUUGUAUAAAACUACAAUACAAAUAACAGUGUCUUCCAAAACCUAACUUCUUGAAAGCACAGCACAGAAUUUGCAGGUCAGAGAGUGGGAAAUUUAUGGUCAGUAUUAGCCACCUGGAGUAUCAUCCUGAUCUUAAACUACUCUUCGAUUCCUGAUAUAAUUUAGGCAGCAGAGACUUCACUGCCUCCAAGCAGCAGUACUAUCUGGAAUCUUUGCAGUGCCAGUGCUGUGUGUGUUAUGGCCAAACCCCCAUUCUAUGCUGAGUUUUCCAAAAUGAUUCUUGGAAGGUGGCCUCAGAGCUCUUUCCCCCAGGACCCAUUAUAGGCUGAAUCCUCCCAACAUCCAGCUCAAGGGCCUUUAGGAUGCUCCACCCUCUCUCCACUGUGUAGGGGGACCAGAGCAGAGGUAAGGACCUCAUCCCUUUCCUUUCUUAUUAGCAACACUACUGUUAAAUUCAGCUGUUCUAAGCAAAAAAGAUCCUGAUGAAGGGAAUAAGAUGAAGGACUACUGCUCUUUAAACAAACUGCUAUAAAAUGAGCUAAGCUAAGAGGCCUUAGCAUUUCUUUUUUAUUUAUUUUUUUCAUAUAUUUGUGUUCAGUAGAUACCAGGAAAAAUCUGUAACUCUAUACUAAAUAUUUGCUGGCAAUUACAGAGAAUUUUUUUUCCUAUAAAGUCCUUUGUCCUCUGAAAGGGGCAGAUAAAUUUGCAAUCCUUUAUCUGACAAUCAGCAAAGGGCACUGACUUAAAAUAACUGAGAUUACCUUGGCAAAAUGACAGCUAAUGGAAUGGAAGCUGUGGAGAAUCUACUAUGUAUAAUGAAAGUGAAAACACAGUGGAGAAAAGAGAAUAUGUUACAACAGAAACCUUCUCUUGUAUUUAAAUAUGCAAUGGCUCUAUGGAUGGUGGAUGAUCUUCAUGUGUGAAAUUUGGAAACAUGAACUAGCAUUACAAUUUACUGUAUUCUAAUUUAGACCAAUCUCCUAAGGGAAGUCCUUUAUAUCAGCGGUUCUCAACCAGGGGUCCAGGAACUGCAAGCAGUUUUCAGAGGGUCCACUCAGCCUGGCCCUGCAUGGGGAAGAGCCUCCUUAACUCCCCAAGGCUGAGGCGAGCCCUGAGGAAGGAACGGGCCCCGCAGCCUCCAUCUUGUGGGUGGUGCUGUGGGCAGGCAGGCAAAUGAGGCUCCGCACUGCUGCUGCCCAGGUGAGUAGGGCCCCAGGGCUUCCCACCACUAAGACCCACCUGCUGCACCCGGGACUGUGCAGGUGGGGCUGGGGAGCAGGACAGUUGUUGUGUCACAGGUGGGCUGUGGAGUUUUUAUAGCAUGCUGGGGGGCGCCUCAGGAAGAAGAAAGUUGAGAACCCCUGCCCAGUGUUAUCUUUUUACAACUGAACUGAGCAGAUCAACAGAAAAUCUGUUGCAGGGAAAAAUUCUGCACUGACAAGGGGCUGGAAUGGAUGAGCAAACAUGUCUCUCUCCCACCCUAAUUUCUCAGGAUCUAGGGAAGCUGUGCAUUAUUAUAAAUGUUUGUUUAUUUCAGUUUUUAAUAAUAUAAAGUAAUAUUAUGCUGCCAAGAUCUUAGCACCAAUUAUGUCUGCAGGAUCGUGUUGUGAAAUAGGAAAUAUAAAAUUGACUGAAGACAGUUCUAUACCUUUGUAAUAUACAC